AUGGCCCAACCAGCAUAUAUCGACAUUUCCACCAGCAAAUGGGAACAAGUCAGUAGUAGCCUCAUCCCAGCCGAAUGGCGCUUAGACGACAAAUAUAUCCCUCGCGGGAUGCGACUAUCGCCUUCGGAUUCUGUGCACAAGUUCAAUGAAUUCGGUGAUGAAUACGAAACGAGCCUGUUUGAUAUUCCCAGAAAAUGUGGCAUUCUGACUGCUCGGGAAGUAAGAAUUACAGAAGGAUACGAUGUCCAGAGUCUAUUGAAGGAGAUUGCGGAAAAGGGCUUGAGUGCUGAGGAGGUUACCUUGGCGUUUUGCAAGAGAACAGCUAUCGCGCAGCAAUUAACACGUUGCAUAACUGAGCCACUGUUCUCAUCUGCUCUCGCUCAAGCGCGUCAAUUAGACGACCAUCUCGCACGCACAGGUCAAACCGUCGGCCUUUUUCACGGCCUCCCCGUCUCAGUCAAGGAUAACUUCAACAUCAAGGGAGUAGACUCAUCCCUCGGCGUUGCGGCACUAUCCUUCAGACCCGCCACUCAAAAUGCAGCCUUGGUCGACCUCCUCCACUCCCUAGGUGCAGUCAUAAUCGCAAAGACGAACAUCCCGCAAACAUUGGGAUUACUAGAUAGCGUCAAUCAUGUCUUUGGCCGGACUUUGAACCCUUCUAACCCUCAGCUUACCCCUGGUGGAAGUUCAGGUGGUGAAGGUGUCCUGGUCGCCAUGAGAGGGUCAAUGAUUGGCUUCGGCACUGAUUUGGGAGGCAGCAUCCGUAUUCCGGCAAUGUGCAAUAAUAUCUAUGGCAUGAAGCCUAGUGUUGGUCGAAUCUCGUAUGAAGGGCAAACGGGUUUUGGGCUUGGAGGUUCGUUGCAUGUUGCUUUGAAACCUACGGCUGGUCCAAUUGCGCGGUCAGUGCAGGAUAUUGAUUUUGUGAUGAGGGAGCUUGUUCCGAGGGGGGAAGUAUUUGCGAAUGAUUGUAUUCCUGGUUUUUGGCCUUCAACUUCUGUGCAGUCCAUGAAGAAGCUGCGAGUUGGUAUACUCCGUCACGACGGGCUUGUUACACCCUUACCUCCAAUCACGAAUAUAUUGAAUGAAGUCGGUCGAAUCCUCGCCAACAGCAAAAUUGUUGAUAUUGAAGUCGUCGAUAUACCUACCCCACCAAUUAUGAAAGACUGCUUCGUGAAUGCAGGAAGACUAAUGAGUGUCGACGGUAGCAUUCCAAUGCUCGAUCUGAUAUUUUCAACGGAUGAACCGCUCGUCCCAUCGUUGAAGGGCAUGUCGCGUCGAAAGCCAUACACAAUUGAGGAGUUAUGUUCAAUGAACGCGCAGCGCGAGAAAAUUGAAAUCGAAAUGCGGAAGUCGUUGUGGUCGUUACCUCCGUCGUCUGCAUCAGGGCAAAUAGGACAUGUUGAUGCUAUCAUACUGCCUGUAGCAGCUCACCCGGUACCUCGGCAUGACCAAUACGGGUGUGUGUCUUAUACAAGCGCAUUUAAUCUAUUAGACUAUCCGGCUGGUGUAAUCCCAGUUCGGAAGAUGACCGAAGCAGACCUACGGCUUGAGAUGAAUCCUGGGGAGAAGGUUCUGUCGAGAUGGGAUGCUAAUAAUAAAAAGUUAUGGCAAGGAGAUAGAUCAGUCUAUCUCAACUCACCGCUAAGUGUGCAAGUGGUCACGCCGAAAUUGCACGAUUAUGAGCUGUGUCAAGCUAUGAGUAUUAUUGACUCGACUCUGAAGGAUCAUUAUGGACAGAAAGAGGGCAACAGGGCCAUGCUUUGA